AUGACUUCGAAAGCUGCUUUAAACCCUCUCUUCUUCACUCUCUUAGAACCUUAUAUAAACUACUCCAAACUCCGAUCACUCUUCAUUCUCUCCACCGUCUUCAUCCUCCGAUCUCUCGAACGCAAAAUCGAUCUCGUUCAAAUGUCUUCCACCGGAGAGAAAGGUCUCAUCGUGAGCUUCGGCGAGAUGCUCAUUGACUUCGUCCCCACGGAAUCCGGCGUUUCCCUCUCCGAAUCCUCAGGAUUCCUCAAAGCUCCGGGAGGUGCUCCGGCCAACGUCGCAAUCGCCGUCUCUCGUCUCGGAGGCCGCGCCGCAUUCGUCGGGAAGCUCGGCGAUGAUGAGUUCGGUCAUAUGCUUGCCGGAAUCUUGAGGCAGAACGGCGUCAAUGAUAAAGGUAUCAAUUUCGACAAGGGAGCAAGAACAGCGCUCGCUUUCGUGACUCUGCGUUCCGACGGAGACCGAGAGUUUAUGUUUUACCGGAAUCCAAGCGCCGAUAUGCUUCUCAGGCCCGACGAACUCAACCUCGAACUAAUCAGAUCCGCGAAAGUGUUUCACUAUGGAUCGAUUAGUUUGAUAACGGAGCCAUGUAGGUCGGCUCACAUGAAGGCAAUGGAAGUGGCGAAAGAAGCCGGAGCUCUUCUUUCUUACGACCCUAACCUCAGGGAACCUCUUUGGCCAUCUUCUGAAGAAGCUCGGUUACAGAUCUUGAGCAUCUGGGACAAGGCUCAGAUCAUUAAGGUCAGUGACGUCGAGCUUGAGUUCCUUACCGGAAACAACACCAUCGAUGAUGAUGCAGCUAUGUCUCUCUGGCAUCCCAAUUUGAAGCUCUUGCUUGUUACCCUCGGCGAGAGAGGUUGUCGUUACUACACUAAGAAAUUCCAUGGAACUGUUGAAGCUUUCAAUGUGAACACGGUGGAUACUACCGGAGCUGGAGAUUCCUUCAUCGGCGCGUUUCUAAGUCAGAUUGUUGAUGAUCAAUCUGUACUUGAGGAAGAAGAGAGGUUGAGAAAAGUGCUGAAAUUCGCAAACGCUUGUGGAGCAAUUACGACAACCAAAAAGGGAGCCAUUCCAGCUCUUCCUUCAGAUUGUGAAGCUCACUGCUUUCUUAAAGACAAAUAGAGACAAAAUUACGACGGCUUCUCUUUUAUCUGUUGUUGUAAUUUUGUUUUUUAAUUUGGAUCCUUGCUGAUUAUAAAAAGGAUCCCAAUGUGAAAAAUUUCUGUUUCUCUCUUUCUGUCUCUUCUUCUACUUCUUCUUCAAUGUAUUGAUUCAAAAAAACUUGUGCU